AUGGAAAAAACCAUCCCUCCUCUCCCGAAGGAGCGAUUAUCCCUCCCUCACCGCAUAAACUGUUUCCUCCAACUCUGGCUGCUCAAGUCUCUCGCCACUCUCUACUUCGUCUACCUCCGACUCGUCAAACCCUAUCAACCAGGCACCCAGCCAACCCUCACUAAGCGCUACGUCCGCCGCCCAGACCUAGAAGCCCGCAUUUUCUAUCCGCGCUCCUACAACCCCGCCGAGCGCCAAUUACUCCCACUCUACCUCAACAUCCAUGGCGGCGGCUUCGUGAUGUGCGACGCCAGCGUCGACGACACCUUCUGCAGCGCCUGGGCCAACCUUACCGGAAUGCUAGUCGUCAGUCUCAACUACCGCAAGGCGCCACUCCACCCCUUCCCAACAGCCACCUUUGAUGUUGCGGAGGUAGCCAAGUGUGUUCUAGCAGACGAUUCCCUCCCAAUUGAUCACUCGCGCAUCGCCAUCGGCGGCUUCAGCGCAGGCGGUAACCUAGCGCUAUCUGUCUCGCAACUCCCUGGUCUGAAAGGCGUGAUCAAAGCAGCGGUGAUAUACUACCCCAUCGUAGACUUCGGCCACCCACCUAAUGAAAAGCUGGAUUCAAGACCAUAUAAAGAUGGUCCGCGGGAUAACUUGGAAAGGACAUCCUGGUGGCUGGACUGGGGGUAUGUGAGUGUAGGGCAGAAUCGAAGAGACCCACUGCUUAGCCCGGUCUAUGCGGGGAAGGAUGAGCUGCCGCCGUGGAUUUAUAUGAUUGGUGCGCAGUGGGAUAUGCUCCGGUUAGAGGCGCAGCAGAUGAUUCAUGGAUUGGCUGGGUUGGAUAGAGUUGGGGUUGAGCAGGAGGAGGACUUUGAGGUGGGGAGGUAUAAGUGGACUUUGGCGAGGGGGUGUCCCCAUGGGUUUACCCAUGCUAGUCCACGGAAGAAGGGGGGAAAUAGUAGGAAGAAGAGAGAGGAGGUUGCGCAGGGCAUAUAUGGAGAGGCGCAUGAGUGGUUGAAAAAGGCUCAGGUUCUUUCUUAG